GCCGGAUGGAGCCGGCGGCAUCCACUGAAGCUCGAUGGAAGCCUCCAGCCGCCUGGAGGUGGCGCCUACAACUGCCGCCAGCUGAGGUAGAUGCACUGUAACUCGAGGUGCAUUACUGCUCCAGACGCUACCUAUGUGCCUUGCGCUAGGCUUGCUCCGGGUUCAUAGCGCUCUCUCUCUCUCCCAGGCAAAACCUCAACCUCGAAACCAUCCGACGUCACACUGCGACACCGCUCUCGCGCUUUUGCUCCGCCACGUCGGCUUCCCUCCGUGCGUGCACCACCAUGGCCGGCGCCAAGAAGAAGAAGAAGCCCGCCGCCAAUCCGGCCCGCGGCUUCGCGACAACGUCCAUUGCUUCCAAGCCACGCCCCGAGACUGCAGAGGCGGUGGAUGCAAAACCAGCGCCUGCCGGCACCGACAAAGCGAAUGGCGAUGCCCCUCCCCCAACCGUCGCUGCCCCGCCAUCAGCCGCCGCGACGGCCGGCGGCGGCGCCUCCCAACAGCCUCCGCCGCUGAGCGCCGAAGAGUUCGAGAAGCAGCUUGAGGAGUCUGCGCUGCAGCUCCUCGUCGAGAAGCAUGCCCAAAAGGCCAAGCGCGAUGCCCAGCGGCAGCGCUCGCGCCUCGAGACGGAUCGCCGCUUGUUGCGCAACCAGGCCGACACCGUCAACAUACCCAAGUGGCUUCCCCCCGAAUUGAUGGACUAUAUCCUCGACAUUAUCAAGGCCGAGACUCGCUUCGCUUCUUCUAGCAUAUCUACCGAAAGCGCCGGUACCGGCAAAAUCCCCUCCGAGGACGACUUGGUCCUGCGCCUGUGGACGUUGCGUCAGACCCUCGAAGCCGUCGGUUUUCCUGAGCCUCGGGUCGAGGCUGCGAUGCAGCAUAUCCUCGACAUCGCCGCCAGUGUCUCGAGUGCCUUCAAGGAUUCUAUCUGGGGUCUCGAGGAAGCCCUUGAUUGGUUGGCUCGUGAAUGCUCUCCCGAGGAGCUUCCUCCUUACGAGUUCAGGGGCAAACCCGUCCCCAGAGGUAUUGACGAUUUGAGGCAUCCCAGGCCUAGCUCUCCCCCCAAAAAACGAGUGCUCAUGUCCGAGUCAUAGAAACGCCGUCUGGCAGUCCAUUCCCUUCCCGGCCGCAUACGCCCAAGCCCGAGUCCCAUGGUGGUCGUCGCGGCAAGGACUCCAGCAGGUCCGGUGGUCCGGCCCGGCCCGGUAAGAGCCCGUCUAAAAAGUUGACCGUCACGUACGAUGGCGAAAUCGAGCCCGAGGAUUUGGUUCCUGAGUAUGUCUCGGCCAAGGCGAAACUACUGGAGCUCACACGCGGGCCGGUAGGGAAAGCCUCUGAACCGGAGAGCGAGGAAACCGAGCUUGCGAUCGCAAAGCUUGAAGCAAAGCUGCACAAGAUCGAAAACGACGUUUUGUUUGACAGAGUCAGCGCUGAGAUGAAAUGGAAAAGCGAGCGAGUAGUCGUCGAGAAACAGCUGGCAGCGGCGAGGAAAGACGCCCCGGAACCGACAUCAGAGGAGCCCAAGGCAUCUACUACGCCAGCAGAGGCCCAGGCAACGGAUGAGGAUGAUGUCACCGCCGAAGCAGAGCGAAUGGCAGCAGAAAUACUGGCUGGUGCCGACGACGACGACGACGACGACAUUGCCGGACUAUUCGCGUCACUGCCGCAACACGAAAUUGACCCCAGCACGGGCAAGGCACAAACAGUCAUCAACUCGUCAGAUGGCUCCAAGAUGAUUUUGCGAGACUUUGGAAAAUGGACAGGAGUCAGUCCCAGGCGAGUCUUGGAAGAGGCUUGUCGCGCAAGGGACGCGUCCGUCAAAAUCAGUUACACUGUGGUUUCAGAGGCCACGUUCGCGAGUCGUCAGUCCAUCGAUAUCUGGUGGACAAAACCUCAGGAGCCCCCAACGGCUAUGCCGGAAUCUGACGUCGAGGUCAUUGCCGAUCCAGCGCGCUUCACUUUCACGAUGCAACGGGUAGCUGCCUCCGAUGCAAAACAGUCAGAAGCCUACAUUGCAACAUCGGCGCUAUUCCACAUUUUCAGCGGCAACGCGAGAGAAGAAAAGGCCAACCUUCGACUACCAGCCGUAUGGAGAGACUUAUGGAACGAGCUGGCGGAGACAAAGAAGGAACAGCUCGAUUCCGAAGAUCGCGCUGUCGUCAGAUCGCUCAGAACAUUAGUCCGACAACGGCACGACCAAGAACUAGAAGACGGAGUCAUCUUGCAGGGCGCCUUCAGGGGUCGUGGCGGCAAGGCAGCGCAGGACUCAUCCGACAGCGCCGACCGGAAGAAGCCGCAGACACUGAACCCCGAAGAGUUCAAGAAGAUCUGGGCCGACAAGUCAGGCACACGCAAGUUUCAGCAGAUGCUGCAAUCACGAAUGCAGCUCCCAAUGUGGCAAUUCAGGCCACAGGUGCUGGAGGCCGUGGACAAGAACCAAGUGGUCAUCAUCUGCGGUGAGACCGGAUGUGGCAAGAGUACCCAAGUACCAGCCUUCUUGCUCGAGCACGAGCUUGCCCAGGGCAGACCUUGCAAGAUCUACUGUACGGAACCUCGGCGUAUCUCAGCAAUUUCUCUAGCCCGUCGCGUCAGUGACGAGCUGGGGGAAAACAAGAACGACCUUGGCACCAACCGUUCCUUGGUGGGCUACUCUAUCCGUCUGGAAGCCAACACGUCGCGCGAGACUCGCUUGGUAUACGCCACUACAGGUAUUGUCAUGCGUAUGCUCGAGGGCUCAAACGACCUCCGCGAAGUCACCCACUUGGUUCUCGACGAAGUGCACGAGAGAACCAUCGAUAGCGAUUUUCUCCUCAUUGUCCUCAAGCGUCUCCUUGUCAAGCGCAAGGACCUCAAAGUCGUGCUCAUGUCGGCAACCGUCGAUGCCGAGCGCUUCUCCAAAUACCUUAGUGGCGCCCCAGUCCUGAAUGUUCCUGGGCGAACAUUCCCGGUCGACGUGCGCUAUCUCGAAGAUGCAAUCGAAAUCACCAAAUACAAACCGACUAAUUCUCCAGCAGACAAGAUGAUUGAUCUUGACGACGAUGUUACUGAAGAGGAGAGCAACGGACCAAAGAGCGAUCUAUCACAGAGCCUUGCCGCGUACUCUCCCAAAACAAGAAACGCACUAUCUCAACUGGAUGAGUACCAUAUCGAGUUUGAUCUCAUUGUUCAGCUGAUGGCGCAUAUCGCGUCAGACUCUUCUUUGGAACCAUACAGCAAGGCAAUACUCGUAUUCCUACCGGGUAUAGCAGAAAUCCGAACUCUCAACGACCUUUUACUCGGGGACCCUCGCUUCGCCAAAGAAUGGCUGAUUUAUCCCCUACACUCAUCCAUUGCUACAGAGGACCAAGAGUCGGCUUUCCUCGUGCCGCCGCCAGGUAUGCGCAAGAUUGUUCUGGCUACCAAUAUUGCAGAAACUGGCAUCACUAUCCCUGAUGUGACUUGCGUCAUCGACACGGGCAAGCAUAGAGAGAUGCGUUUCGACGAAAGGAGGCAACUUUCGAGGCUGAUUGACACGUUUAUAUCUCGAGCCAACGCGAAGCAGCGUCGUGGUCGCGCCGGUCGUGUGCAAAACGGUCUUUGCUUCCACAUGUUUACAAAGUAUCGCCACGACAAUGUCAUGAGCGAUCAGCAGACACCUGAGAUGCUACGCCUUUCGUUGCAAGACCUUGCCAUCCGCGUCAAAAUUUGCAAGAUUGGUGGCAUCGAGGAGACGCUUGGAGACGCGCUAGAUCCCCCUUCGGCCAAGAACAUACGGCGAGCCAUCGAUGCUCUAGUCGAUGUGCGCGCCCUGACCCCUGCCGAGGAACUCACCCCUCUCGGCCACCAGCUUGCCAGGCUACCCCUCGAUGUCUUUCUAGGGAAACUGAUCCUCCUCGGAACUGUCUUCAAGAGCCUGGACAUGGCCAUUACUGUUGCCGCAAUCCUGUCAUCCAAGUCGCCCUUCUCUGCGCCCUUUGGACAGCGAGCCCAGGCAGACAACGCUCGCAUGGCGUUUCGCCGAGCCGACUCCGACCUGCUCACCAUCUACAAUGCCUAUAUUGCGUGGAAGCGCGUGUGCCAGGCCAACAGCGGCCUCGGCAAGGAGUUUCAGUUUUGCCGCAAGAACUUUUUGAGCCAGCAGACGCUUGCCAACAUUGAGGACCUCAAGGGACAACUGCUAGUGUCACUGGCCGACUCUGGGUUCCUGUCUCUGACUGAGGACGAACGCCGGGCGCUCAAGGGUCAACGCUUUCAGGGCGGACGCGGACGUCGCCAGCAAAAUUUCUUCGAGGUGCCGCACAGAGUGAACAUCAACAGCGACAACGACCUGGUGUCUUCCUCCGUUAUCGCCUGGAGCUUUUACCCGAAGCUGCUCGUCAGGGACACCCCCGGGAGCAAGGGCCUCCGCAACAUUGGCAACAACCAAAAUAUCAGUUUGCAUCCAUCAUCGGUUAAUCGUGGCCGCUUGGAUGUCAAGUGGCUGUCUUACUAUCACAUCAUGCAGUCCAAGACAGUCUACCAUGCUCACGAAACAACCGCCUGCGAGCCAUUCGCCAUCGCCCUCCUCUGCGGCGACGUGCGCUGCGAUAUGUUCUCCGGCGUCAUCGUCCUCGACGGUAAUCGCGGGCGCUUCGCUCUCCCUGACUGGAAGUCGAUGCUUGUCGUCAAGGUUCUCCGCACGCGCCUGCGCGAGCUCCUCACGCGCUCCUUCCGACAGCCCGGCAAGCUGCCCACCGCACAGCAGGAGAAGUGGCUCGAUGUCUGGCAGCGCCUCUUCUCCCAGGACAACGGCACCAGCGGCGGCAUACAGGCGCAGGAUGCGCGCGCUGGCGCAUCAGUCGCCUCGGGCAGGGCAUAGGUUGCCAGGCUGCGGCUGUACGGGGCCUCAAGGUCGGAGGGAUCGGGCUUGUAGAAUCGAUGCGUGGUGGUAGUGUCUCGAUUGUGGGGUCAAGGCAACGGCGAUGUGAGUGUCACGUCCCGGUCCUGGGUUCUGCUCUGGAUGCCAGCCCCCCCCCCACCCACCAGGAACAAGGCGAUAGAACUAGUCCUUUCAUGGAGAGAGGUCGAGAGAGAAGGCUACAUACAGCAUGGCCUUCGGCUCAUAAAAGAGAGCCCCCAGCGACCGGUACGCGGAACCAACGAAGAGGACGAAGGGAAAUGGCCACCACCUCGUCCUCGCCCACGGGCCAUGCAUAGAUAGAAGAAACGGCAGGGGGGGCAGCGCUACGCCCCUCUCUGUGGCCAAAUAGACGCAUAGUGACUCUUCCCACGGGAAGAGAAAAGAGAACCCCAAUAAGAGAAAGAAACUAUAAAGAG